UAUUUGUUUGCAAACAAAUUAAGUGUUUGUUUUGAAUACGAGUUUAUUUGUUGUCAAAAAAGUUAUGAUAAGUCUUAUUAAAUGAACAAUUGGUUAGAAAAUUGAUUCAUAAAAUCAAUUACUUGUUUGUGAUGUUAUGCUAAACAAGUCGUAACUGUUUGACUAAUAUAUCCGGACAUCGAUCGGGAAAAGUUGACCGAAAGACAAGAACCAAAGCAAUGGCAUUGUUUACAUCAGACUGGAAUCCAUUGGGAAAAGAUAUUUAUUACCGAAAGUUUGAAUUGAAUCCAAUGCUUUGGUCACAUGAAGUCAACCUCAAAGACUUUUUCAUUACUGGCGCAUCAUUUGGCGGACCAAUUGCAUUGGUCGAGAAGAAGAAUUGGAACCGUUUGCAGACCACUAAUGGCACGAAUACUGUUAAGUCAAAUGUUAACAGUAUUUUCAUUUUUUCGUCUUUUGGUACACUCUUAUCGACUAUCAAAUGGACGGCCAAUACGUUAGCAUUGAUCGAGUGGUCCAAUCGUGAAGAUUUGUUGUGCAUUCAAGAUGACGGUAUAGUUUUGGUUUAUGACAUCUUUGGUAAUCUACAAAAUACAUUUACUUUGGAUCAAGAGAUACGCGACACUAAGAUAUUAGAGUGCAAAACAUUUCAUGGCAUUCACGGCACCGGUAUUGCCGUUUUGACCACUUCUUAUAGGUUUUUUGUUCUGAAUAAUAUAAAUGAGCCGAAAAUAAGACGUUUGGCUGAAGUUCCUGGUCUUGCAAAGAGUCCUUCGAGUUGGGCAGUGAUUGCAUCAAACGGUGAGACCAUUGUAUUGGUAGCCAAAGAUAAUGAUUUAUAUUCACUGAAUGCCAACGACCAGAGUUGUCAGCCUAUGAAUACUCCAUUUAGUUCACCAUUUAAUGAGAUCACCGAAAUGAGUAUCUCAUUUGAUUCAACACAUGUCGCUCUUUUGACCGAUACUGGCAUUCUUUGGAUGGGAUGGAUUGACACGAAUUUACAUAAUUACUGUGAAUUUGAAACAAAGACAAAAACAAAACCACAACAACUCUUGUGGUGCGCAAACUCAGCAGUUGUCGGUCUUUGGAAAAAUAUUUUGUUAGUAGUCGGACCCGAUAAAGAUUGGCUUAAUUAUGUCAUCGAUCAACCGGUACAUAUGGUACAAGAAAUUGAUGGCAUUCGCAUUGUUGCCAACGAUAUACACGAAAUGUUUCAAAGAGUUAGUCCAGUAGUGGUCGAUAUAUUUGGUAUCGGCUCAAUAGCUGCCGGCGCUCUAUUGCUUGAAGCAAAUAAGGAGUUUCAACGGCACAGUCAUAAAGCCGAUGAAUAUAUACGAAUGAUAUACGAGAGAAACGAAAUGGAAAAAUCAGUCGAACAAUGCAUUGAAGCGGCCGGUCAUGAGUAUGGGAUCAGCACUCAGAAGAUGUUAUUAAGAGCCGCUUCUUUUGGAAAAUGUUUUGUACCGAAAAUAAAUACACAAAACUUCGUACAAAUGUGUCAAACAUUAAGAAUAUUGAAUGCCAUAAGACAUCACACAAUAGGAAUUCCGUUGACUUAUACCCAAUUGGAAAUGUUAACAAUGGAAACACUAAUCGAUCGAUUAAUACUUAGACGCAAUUUUUGUUUAGCACUUCGUAUUGCUUCGUAUCUGAAAUUACCCGAUGAGAGGGGCGCCGCCCGAGUACUCGGCAAUUGGGCUCUUCUUAAAGUUAAGCAAACAUUCUUAGAUGACGAGCGCAUUGCGCGCGACAUUUCCAAUAAACUGGGUUAUAGUUCGGGUAUCUCUUAUUCCGAUAUCGCUAACAAAGCUAUUGAAUUUGGCCGAACCCAACUGGCCAUCAAGUUGCUUGAUCACGAGUUAAGGGCCAGUCAACAGGUGCCACUCCUUUUGAAGCUCAAACAACAUCGUUUGGCUUUAAAGCGAGCCAUAGAAAGUGGUGACACUAAUCUAAUUCAUACGGUUAUCAUACGUUUACGGGAAGUACUUCCGGCCGGUGAGUUCUUGAUGACAAUCAGAGAUUAUCCAAUUGCUUAUUCGUUAUUUAAAAAGUAUUGUAAUGAAGCGGAACCCGAAAAGUUGACUGAUCUGUACUAUCAAGAAGACGACUUUGUCUCUGAAGCCAACUCUUAUUUAUUUAGGAGUUUAAAAGCUUGUUCUUUGACUCAACAACAGAGUUGUCUUCAGUCUGCUCUCGAUUCAUACAAAAAGUCUAAAAAUGAUUUUAAUUCAUCGAUUAUUGACGAAAAUAUACGUCUUAUUAAAUAUCAAAUUAAACUGAAGGAUAAAUUUCAGAAAAAUUAUAUUAAUUUGUCGUUACAUCAAACUAUGAGACAACUCAUUGUAGACAAAGAAUAUAAAUUAAGCGAAGAGUUGAAGAAAGAGUUCAAAGUUGGCGAUCGCAGGUAUUGGUGGCUCAAAGUGACUGUUUUGGCUGAAAUGGGCGAAUGGCUUGAAUUGGAAAAAUUUAGCAAAAUUAAGAAAUCUCCCAUUGGUUAUGAACCAUUUGUUGACAUUUGUCUCGAUCACCACAACCGAUAUGAAGCACAAAAAUAUUUGCUCAAAAUUAAUGAAGAAAAUAGAGUCAAAUAUUAUGUCAGAUGCGGUCUCUUAGAAGAUGCGGCUAAGUUUGCCUUUGAAGCCAAAGAUAUAGAGGCGUUAGACUAUGUGUUGAGCAAAUGUGGACCAACUAACCGAAUGUUAGCCGAUAAGAUCAUCACUUUGAAGAGUCAAAUCAUAGCUAAAUAA